AUGGACGCUGUGCAUGCCGAGAUCUCCGUAAGUGGUGACGACUAUUUUGUACGUGACGCUCAGAGCUCAUCGGGAACAUUUCUAUGCCUGAUGGAUCUGCAGACAACAAUUGAUCAUACUCCCAGUCGUAAUAAGUCGCGCUCUAGCUCUUGUUCUAGCCUUGCUACAGCAACAGAGCAAUCCACGUCAAUAUCCGACAAGCUUGAAGAAUCAUUUAGCAUCAACAGCAUCGGCAAUGGGACGUCUCGACCUGUAUUAAAACGCAUGUCCACCGUGGAAGAGCUUCGUCUACUAGCUGCAGAUAUAGAGGAUGAACUCAUGAACGACGACGGUAGAUCUCACUCAAACCCGACUCCACGAGAUGAAGGAUCUACCGGUAAAGGUGAUCAACCAGUACGAUUUAAGAAAACCGUCCGCUUCAUUGAUACUCCUCCAGUCAUGUCGGAUGGAUCUGUGUUUCUGGGUAGUCGCUACUUACGACCGGAAGUCAAGGAACUUCACUAUCGUGAACCAUCCCAAGUCGAAGAUGCAGACGACGAUAUGAUCUCACAAUUGGUUGGAGAUGAUCACGAUACAUCCGGGUCUUCCAUCUCUUCAAACACAAAAACUCGUCGACCGUCAUCCAUUCGCCUAGCCAUUUUCCAACAUGAUCCAACCAACGCAAACGCCGAACCUGUCAACCCUCGAGAAGUAACGUUACCGGGCCAAGCAACGUAUCUAAUUGGUUCCUCAUCUGCUUGCGAUGUCCGUAUUCUCCCGUCCGAAGGCAUUGAAAUCAGUGCUGUCCAUGCUCGAAUCGUGUUUGAUGGAGCCUCAUUCGUACUGCAGGACGUCUCUUUUGAACGAGAUCCACGUCGACAAACCCGCGUCUUGCUGACUCAACGACCCGUACGAGUUACUCGCGGAGAUUGGUUGCUGCUGGGCAAAUGCGCGCUGUACGUAACAACUGCGGCUAGAGCUUUUGACUCAGAUCGCCGACCGGAUAUGAAAGAGGCAGCUAUGCGCUUGGAUGUCUUGCGGUUAUCAAAACGAAAGCCACGAACAAGAGGAUUGUUCGUACCUGUUGGCUUUCGACUGCUCUCAGCUUCGGGUUCUGGUGCGUCCAGUGGAAGUAGCGGAUGGGGAGGCAGCAGUGGUGGACCCGUCACGUUCGGCAAGGGAAGAGACUGCGACGCUCAAGUCUUCACUGCGUCUCUAGCGACCGAGCAAUUUAGUGUACAACUCGAGCGUGGAAUGUGCUUGAUCACACCAAAGCCCACAGGACUCAACGCCGGUACAUAUUUCCUCAUUGGCCGGGACGAAGUUGGAGCUGAUAAUACGGACGAUAAUGUGGAGAUAGUCAAGCACACAAGCAAACCUUUGCUGCUGUCUGAAGGGUGCGUGUUCCGGUGUGGUGGGAGUGAAGUCGAAGUCAUCUGUGUGAAAAGUGCCACUCCUGCAAACGCCAAAUGUUUAACUGCAAUAGAGCAAGAGCACGUUCAGUUCUUGAGUGCGAUGCCCUGGUUGCAGCCGAUCGCUAGCGAUGAAAAAACUGUGGCGAAUGUUGCGCGCUGCGGGCAAAGGAUGGUGCUGAGUUCGGGUGAUUUGGUCUACGAGAAAGGAGAUGCCGCCAAUUUUGUUUUCAUCGUCAUCAGCGGCGAGGUGGACCUCCGCCUUGCAAUAGACAGUGAUACCCAAGAGAGUAGCAGUACUCAGGCUAUAAUCGAGCAAGUGACAACGGGAGGAUUCUUCGGCGAAGUGAGCUUGGACGAUCCCAUGGAAGCAUACAAUGGAAUCGAGUAUCGUGAAACUGCGAGAGCAGCUGGAGCAUGCGAGCUGCUAGCGUUGGCGAGAGAAGAUGUAUGUGGGUAUCUGGAGUUGUACAUGGACGUCAUACGCGCUCACUUGAAACACGAUAGGCGUCGAGACAGGAUAAUCCGUGUUGCGUGCAGUGGUGUGUCUUGGCUACGGGGAAUCUCUCUCCAAGAAAUGCGAACAUUGGCAGCACACGCUGAAGUCGUCGUAUAUCCCCCAGGGUCGACGUUGUUCGAGGACGGGAAGCUGUUCGUACCCGCUACAUUUGCUCUUGACACGUUCCAGAUUCGCGAGGGUCUUCUUGUUCUCAACCAUGGAAAUGCUCGGGUCGUGAGAAGUAAACACGAAAAGCAGCGGCGAAAAACCGAGAAGCUCCAAGCAGAAAAUGCCGAAACCGUCCACGAUAUUAAUGAGGCAGAAGAUGAUCUCGUGGAGUGGUGGAGUCGCAAGGAUCCAGUCGUUGCCAUGAGUUCGAGUUCUCUGUCGGUACUAAAUUUCAGUGACUUAUCCUUCCGUCUCGAAGCACACUCCUCCGUCGAAUGUUACUUCAUAGCUGCAGCUCAUCUAGCACACUUGACUGUUAGCAUGACACCCAAGCAACAGCACACGUCCAGUGCUGAAGCCGAAGCACCUACUGCCGCUCAGAUUCCAUCUCCCUUGAAACGAAAUACCUCGGCAAAACGAAUCCACGACUCGCAGGUAGUGACCAGCGCGUUGCAUUCCGAUGAUAGCAACAGUGAUGACGAUGACUAUAACACGCUGGACAGGUCCGAUGGCGAAGGAGAUUCCACUGCAACAUGUCGCUGGAGACGCAAAAAGCGCAACAAACAGCUGCUGGAUCAAGCAGUGCAGGCGACGCAAAAUGACGCAGAAAUACCGAACGCAUUGGUCUUGUACGUACUGGCGGGCGUACAGCGUGGAGAUAUCCAUGUUGUCCGGAAUGUGGCAUCAAUCGGUGGACUUCUUAGCGGAGCUGACAUCGAGCUGAACGACCGCUACGUCUCGCGUACGCAUGCUGUCAUCGAAUACCACGACGGGAGGUACUGGCUGUAUGAUAACGGGAGUAAGUGGGGAACUUUUGUGCGUCUUGAAGAAGACAAUGCCGUCGAUAUUAAUCCCGGAGAUGUUUUCUUGGCUGGAGAGAUUGAGUUCACGUGUCUUGCGUCGUAUCCGGAGCGGAAUAAGCCCAGCUUGUGCUGUAUAAUGUAA